GUGCAACUGUAAUUUUAAUGACUAAUUGAAAAGUUGAGGAAGAAGAUGGCUAAAACCUCAAAAUCAAUCUCCCUUUCUGUGCUUUUUGUUUUGUUCAUCGUCUUUGCAGUUGCAGAUAGCGAGCUUAUAGGAUGCCGUGAUUGGUCUUAUAGUAGCACAUGGCAGGGUUCAUGCUUGUGGAGUCCAAAUUGCAACAAGGCUUGCACAGAACGGGAAGGUGCGACCGCCGGAGCCUGCUUACUUUUCAAAUGCGUUUGCUAUGAUGGUAAAGGUUGUCCGCAAGGCCGGCUAGCUCCCUGAACACUAGCUACAUGCACUAGAAAUACUCCAAACCGCAUUCAUUUUCAACGUAUAUACAUGGAUCCAUAUGUGUUUGUGAAUGAUUUAGUCUCUAUACUACGUAUAUUAUUCGCCAAAGUUUUAUACAAAUAAUGCUUACUCGUACAAUAA